CAGAAUCUGAACACAAAUUUCAUCGUUCAUUUACUUGUACUUAUACGCACACCGAAUACACACAGAUACGAUUUCCAAAUAAUCCAAUAAACCGCCUAAUCUCUUCCCCCAAUCCUUCCUUCGUCUCUGUAUUGCUCUCUGCAUGAUCUGAACUCAAAAUCAAAAUUCUCUCUGAGAAACAAGAUUUAAUUCGAUUACUUAUUGAUCAAUCUUGCAGUUUCUUUACUUGUAAUCGCUUGUUCUGCUUUGAUUUGAAGCUAUUUGUUAAUAAUGGCGUUGUUAGAUACGCCUGAAAUUGGACAAACGACGACCGAGACAACAACUAUACGCGGUGAGAUAAGAAGGCGGACGGGCGUCAAGGCUGAUGCGGGAAUCGGAGACGAAUUGUUUGAUUCUUCGUCGUCUUCGAAAACGAACUCGUUCGAGGAUGGUGAGAGUUUCAAUAAUGGUUUCGAUGAGAAUGGUAAGGAACAGAUCGGAGAUGGUGAUCAAAUGAAAGAGGAGGCGAAGGAAAACGGAGAGAAGAUAGAUCAGGGAGAAGUUAAAAGGGGAGGUGAAACGAGUGUGGCACAUUAUGCGUAUCGACCGUCUUCUCCAGCUCAUCGCAGAAUUAAAGAGUCUCCUCUAAGUUCUGACGCCAUUUUCAAGCAGAGUCAUGCAGGACUCUUUAACCUUUGCAUAGUGGUUCUAGUUGCAGUCAAUGGACGACUCAUCAUUGAGAAUCUGAUGAAGUAUGGAUUAUUGAUAAAUUCCAAUUUUUGGUUCAGUUCAAGAUCAUUGAGAGAUUGGCCACUUCUUAUGUGCUGCCUCACUCUUCCAAUCUUCCCGCUUACUGCCUAUAUUGUUGAAAAAUUAGCAUGGCAAAAACGUAUUUCAGACCCUGUUGUAAUCACUCUCCAUAUUCUAACAACUACAACUGCAAUUCUGUAUCCAGUUUUCAUGAUUCUGAGGUUUGACUCAGUUGUUCUAUCAGGCGUAUCAUUGAUGCUUUGUGCUUGCAUUAAUUGGUUGAAGUUGGUUUCUUUUGUGCAUGCAAAUUAUGACAUGCGGUCAAUUGUGAAGUCAACUGCUAAGGAAGAAGCUGAGGCAAUGUCUUCAGAUGGUGAAUACUUCUACAAUGUCAACUUCUCAAGCUUGGUUUAUUUCAUGGUUGCUCCUACUUUAUGUUACCAGAUAUGCUACCCUCGCACUGCAUUUAUUAGAAAGGGUUGGGUGUUACGUCAAAUGAUCAAGCUAAUAAUAUUUACAGGCUUCAUGGGAUUUAUAAUUGAACAAUAUAUCAAUCCAAUUGUCAAAAACUCUCGACAUCCAUUGAAAGGAGACAUUUUAUAUGCGAUUGAACGUGUUUUAAAGCUUUCAGUUCCAAAUUUGUAUGUUUGGCUCUGUAUGUUCUACUGCUUUUUUCACCUUUGGUUAAAUAUACUUGCUGAGCUUCUUCGUUUUGGAGAUCGUGAAUUUUAUAAAGAUUGGUGGAAUGCACAAACUAUUGAAGAGUAUUGGAGACUAUGGAAUAUGCCUGUUCAUAAAUGGAUUGUACGACAUCUUUAUUUUCCAUGCUUGCGUAAUGGGAUCCCUAAGGGUGCUGCUAUCUUGAUUGCAUUUUUCAUGUCUGCUGUGUUCCAUGAGCUUUGUAUUGCUGUUCCCUGCCACAUUUUCAAGUUUUGGGCCUUUAUCGGGAUCAUGUUUCAGGUUCCAUUGGUGAUACUGACGAAUUACUUGCAGCGCAAGUUUCAAAACUCAAUGGUGGGAAAUAUAAUAUUCUGGUGCUUCUUUAGCAUUCUUGGUCAACCCAUGUGUGUAUUGCUCUACUACCAUGACGUCAUGAAUCAAAAGGUGAAAAGCAAGUAAACUCUUUCUCCAAAAGGCACCAAUUUUGUAGGAAGUUUGAUAUCAGUGUGAUGAUGAUGAUGAUGAUGGUAGAUGUUUAAGUGUAGUUGUUAUCAACAUACUAUCAUCAGCUAAAGUCGGUGCUAUUGUUCAAAUGUUUCUCUUAGGUUUUACAUGUAUAAAUUGAUAUAAGUUGUUUCCAUUUCAUUUAA